GUCAGCGGCUUGUUAAAAAUCACGUGACACAAAACUUCUCAGCAUAGUUAUAUGUACAAUCUGUGUGAGUUAAAUAAAAAAAAAUAUAUUUAUCGACCUGGAAACGUCGCUCGUCGAAGGAACUUUACCGUGAUCUUGUUGUCGUGAAACAGAAAAUCACGUAGUCAAGAAAAAUGUCCGAUCAAGAAGAAGAGACGGAAAAGCCAUUCGCCGUUGAGAGGGCGAAAACUGGUCGUGCGAAAUGUAAAAAGUGCAAGUGUCCGAUCGAUAAAGAUGUGAUCAGGAUCGCAAAGCUCAUGAGCAAUCCAUUUGGCGAUGGUAAAAUGAAGGCUUGGCAUCAUUUAACGUGUAUUUUUGAUGUAUUCGCCAAACAACGCGCCACAACGAAGAGGAUUGAAAAUCCAUCCGAGGAUGUCAGCGGUUGGGACGACCUCGACGACGAUGGAAGAAAAAGUGUUAUCGAGAAAUUAGAAGAGUUCGAAAACAACGCCCCGUUCAAAACUGCAACGAAGAAACAAACAAUGAAGAAAGCUGUGAGAGCUCAAAGUCCAUCGAAUCUAGGCCCUCCGACAAAAGUCGCUAAACUCAGCCCCAAGGAUUCUCUCCCAUCAACUAGUAAAAAAAAUCUUUCGAAUGACAAGAAGCUGGAUGUGAAAAAAGCGAUCGAUUCAUCGGCGAACGACAAAACAACGAGAGACCAUGCCUUCCGUGAGUUUCGUCGCUUGUGCGCCGACUUAUCGAAUGCCAGCGCGUAUACAGAAAAAACUGCAAUUGUCAAGAGAAGACUAACCAUGGGAGCCAACACCGAUGGCUUCCAAGGUGAUCUUUUUCUGUGGUGCAAACUUUUGUUGCCCGGAGCCGUCAAGAGAAUUUAUAAUCUCCAGAGCAAACAAUUGGUCAAAUUAUUCGCACGAUUGUUCCGGCAGAAUGAAGACGAAAUGUUGGAGAAUCUGGAGCAGGGUGACGUCGCUGAAACCAUUAAAAUUUUCUUCGAAAAAAGUACGGCGGUGACUCCAAGUUCCCAGAGUCUUCUUACCCUUCAAGAGGUAGAUGAAUUUUUGGAGGAACUAACUCAACUCACGAAAGAGGAUGACCAGGCUCAACACUUUCGAUCACUUAUUAGCAGAUGCACACCUAAUGACCUGAAGAUGAUAAUAAGAUUGAUCAAGCGAGACCUGCGAAUCAACGCCGGCCCUAAACACAUACUCGAGGCGGUUCAUCCAGAUGCUUACAAGGCCUACCAAGUCUCGAAUGACCUUGGCGCUGUGAUAGAACGUUGUGUAAAUGUCGAUUCGUCAACUGGAGCGUCUACGUCGAUUAAGGAUUCUCCAAAAAAUGCUGGAAAGAACGCCACUAUAUCGCUGUCACUGAUGACACCGGUUUUACCCAUGCUGGCAGAACCGUGUAAAUCAGUUGAUAUGGCUAUGAAAAAAUGUCCCAAUGGCAUGUUGUCCGAGGUGAAGUACGAUGGAGAAAGAGUACAAGUGCACAAAAAAGGAACCGAGUUUCGAUACUUCAGCAGAUCCCUCAAACCAGUGCUGCCACAUAAGAUCAAAUUGUUCAAAGACUAUAUACCCGAAGCUUUUCCUGACGGCGAUGACCUUAUUCUGGAUAGUGAAAUACUCAUGAUCGACACAAACACCGGCCAACCAUUGCCAUUUGGAUCCUUAGGAAAACACAAGAAAGAAGAAUUUAAAGAUGCCAACGUUUGUCUGUUCGUCUUCGACUGUUUGUAUUAUAACGGUGAUGUCCUCAUGAACAAGCCCAUGAAGGAGCGCAGAAGAAUUCUGAAAAACACAAUGACCAUCAUUCCAAACCGAAUAAUGCUUUCAGAAGUCCAAGAAGUUCACGAUCCGAAGGAUCUGGCUCAGAUGAUUGCCCAGGUAUUGAAAAUGGGCCUCGAAGGAUUAGUUCUCAAAGAUAUAAACAGUUUGUACGAGCCCGGGAUGCGACAUUGGUUGAAGGUGAAGAAGGAUUACUUGUUCGAUGGGGCAAUGGCGGAUAGCGCAGAUCUCGUUGUUCUCGGUGCUUGGUAUGGUACCGGAAAUAAAGGUGGAAUGAUGUCCGUUUUCCUCAUGGGAUGUUAUGAUGAUGACACUAAACAGUGGGUUACGGUAACCAAGGUUCACGGUGGCCACGACGAUGCAACUUUAGCGAGACUUCAGGACGAACUGGACAUGAUAAAAAUUGGCAAAGAUCAUAAUCUCGUGCCAAACUGGCUGAGAGUAAACAGGCCAAUGGUACCGGAUUUCAUAGCUCGCGAUCCGCAGAAGUCACCCGUUUGGGAAAUAACUGGAGCUGAAUUUACGAACCAAGGUGUUCACACAGCGGACAGCAUCAGCAUAAGAUUUCCACGAGUGACGAAGAUUCGUGAUGAUAAAUGUUGGCGAACAGCAACUUCAUUGAAGGAACUUCGAGUUCUAUUUGAUAAGAGCGCAUCGUCGAUCGACUUCUCUUUGUUGCUGGGUGAUGCGCAGGACAAACAAGACAAAAAACCAUCGUCGCUGGAUACUUUUUUGCAGCCAAGUACGAGUGGGAUUCCAAGGUCACCAUCUCCGAGCCCGCUCAAAAAAAUCAAGGACGAAAGUCCAUCCGACGAUGAAGAUGACUUCAACGGACGUCCUAGGAGAAAAGCCGUUGGCCUUUUCUCCUCUGUACACUACGAUGAGUCGUCGGAUUCUGACCCAAGUGAGGAUGAAUCGGUACCGCAAAGCGAUGGAAUUUUUUCUGACGUUCGGAUCAGCCUGAGUCGUGACCUCGGCGAGUUCAAACGGAAAGCUCUUCGACAAACGUUAAAAGCUAACGGUGCUAGAAUCCUAAGGCGUCAAGCGUUGUCCGAAGCGACCCACGUUAUACACAACAGUAACGCAGUGUCAGCAACCGUUUUACUCGAUCGUUCUGGUGUACCGAAAACAGCAAGACACGUGAAUUAUUCGUGGGUCGAGCGUUCUGCAGCUGAAUCAAAGAUGUUGGAUGUUUCACCGCACGCUGUGAAACUGCUCGGAGACUAUUGCGAAUGUCCCUGUUCUCAUGGACCUCGUGGUGUCCAAUAAAUGAAUGGGGCUCCAACAAACGAUGCUUGUACUAAAAUUGAACGAGAUUCUACUGUACCAGCGAUGCCUUACAAGAUCUUCCCGUCUCAAUAUAACUUGAAUGAUGAAACAAUUGGUAGCGAUAUUUGUUCAGAUAGAGUGGGCACAUCCGUCAUAUAAACAAUCGUUUUAUCAGGCUUCCCAUUGAUUUUAUGUUGUUUGUGUCGGUCAAUGAAAACCGAGGGAAGAUAGAAUUUCUAGUGCACCACCUACUUCAAUCAUCUCGCCCGUGAUACCUCCUCAAAUUUAUAUCAAAACUUCAUUCAUGUUCAGGCAGAGACUAGAAUAUUUGACCACUUUGAAAAUGUACAUUUUAAUGUUCAUAGUAAUUCCAUACGGUUUUUUAACGAAUUUUUUUACGCAGCAAUAAUAUUCACGUACUAUUUGAUGAUCUUUUGUUUUUAUACGUGAGUGCAGUUAUACUUCUGUACACAUUGACACCGUCUGUCUUCGAUAACAAAUUCACGUAAUUUUGGAGGUCGCAGUAAAAAAAAAACUUGAACCAUUGGAAGGGCUUUGAUCAUAUUGUGUUGGGGGAGUUUCGACAAGUCGAAUGCUUUCCCAAUGGCUUCAACUUGCAGUUCAAAAGUGACGGGAAAUCGCCCAAUCUCGAGUAUCGAUACGCUGCACGUCUUGCCUUGGUUGUUUGAGAAUUUAUUUUUUUAAUACUUGGUGUCGUGACGCCCUGCGACUCUGGAUAAAUAUAAAGUAUCAAUAAGGUUGCAACGGUCGAGUCAAGCCCCUUCUUCCACGGGAAAAACUUCCGUCCAUUUUUCCUGGAUAUAUUUUUUCAACUAUUAGUUUCUACGUACUGUAAUAAAUUGAAUAUCUCCAGUUACUUCGAAACAAAAGUACAGGGACACAAAAUGCGAGAUGUCGACCUGCUGCAGGAAUUUUGUAGCAUAGACGCACCAUGAGUUCUUUUGACUUGAUGAAUCCUGAUUUCAAAUUUGUUUGUACUUGGUUUAUUAAUAUUUCGCGCUUUAAUUAUCGGGAACGCGCAAUUUUAUAUGAGAAUUUUGAGAGUUAUCCAAUUAUUGAAUGUACAUAGUACACGAACGACGUAAAAUUCGAUGAAAUGCCGCAAUAUCUGAACGGAAUCGUGCAAAUGAAUCACAGUCAUUUUUUUUAGUAACUAUUUUUGAGGAUUUGACGUUUAACAUUUUUUCAAUGUUGCGACUCAUGGUGUUCCUCCAGACACGAUUUGCUUAAAGGGGAACGCGGCUAUGACGAGUCAGAAAAUUUUUUGAGUCGAAAGCAAGAAUGAAUAUUGGAGUUAACAUUUUAUUUUAUAUCAAGACAAAGCGACACAGUAUUUCAACGCGUUGUCCUCGAUACUCGGAAGUUUUUUUUUGACCCAAUUCUCUCGAGUCCUCGAUGCCUAAUGAGCGGAUUAAUAUUAUUUUUGUUCGUUAUCGCAUCAAUUAAGGCUGGGUCCAUUAAAAGUUAAAUGAUCAACGUUUUUCAAGACUGCUUCAACAGAAAAAAGUUUCUAACAAUAAAAACAAACAUUCCACUUUAUCAUUUAUAAAAAUGGGAUAAACAAAAUAAAAAAUGGCCACGCAUAAAAACAGCCGCACUUACCGAGGUAACGAGGCGUUAUAAAAACAUGGUAAAUUCAAUUAUUUCUUCCAAUUUCUCUCGAAUUAAAAUGCAUCUAUGCUAUAGAUCACCACGCUUGUUGUUUUUUUACUUGUGAUGUAUCCUUUACUACGUAAUUAUUCGUAAUCAGCUUUACUAAUAGUUUGAUUUUUGGAGAAAUAUCAAAAAUUAACAAGGGAAUGUUUUUCCGAAUUUUCAUUUAUAGACAAUGAUUCGGAAAUUGAUUUGUUCUGAAUUAUGCAAUUGGAAUAUUAAUUUAUUUUGAAGUGCACCGUUUUGUCUGUUUAACACUCUAUUUUGUAGACAGUUCUUUAGUACAACAUCAAAGUUGUAAAAACGAGGUUACAAUCAUCGUCAUCAUUAUGCUUUUUAUUUAUGUAAUUAUAGAUUAUACGUACCUUUAUACAACGUUGAUUCGAGAUGUGUUAACCUUUGAUAGGGUAGAUUAACACUCUUUUCAUUCAUAUACGACUAUGCGACAAUGCCACAAAUAUGUGGCAAAUCUGGUCAUUUGUUUUUGUACAGAUUCGUAAGAAAUGAAUAGUCGAUAAUUAGUUUUAUGUGGAUUUUGGAAUAAAAUUACUUCGAGAAUCAGUACCGAUAUGUAUUUCAGUAAACUAUGCUCAGGUUACAAGUUUUUUCUUUUGAGUCGCUCCUCGAAUACUUAUUCCAGUUUUACAAUUGUUACACCGUGAGCAGCCACCUAACAUCCAAUAGAAUCAAUCUUUGUUCGUAGUGUUAUACAUUUUUUGUUACAUUUAUGCACAUGAAAAUAAAAUGAUCGAUAACAGA